UUAAAAUUUAAACAUUAUUUACAGUUUUACAUUUUUACACUACAAGUUACAUAUAUAGUGAUCUGUGAUUUACACCCAAGUCCCAUUGUGAAAUCUGUGAUAUUUUACAUACAUAUUAUUAAAAUAAUUAUAAAUUAAGUGUGACUACAUUGUAAUUUAAAUUGUUUCUAACGUUUUAUCAUAACACGUAUAACAGGUUGUACCUGCCUACAAUAUUCUAUUACCAAUAAAUAAUGAGUGCCCUAAAUGCCACCAAAUCUAUCAAAGUAAACUUAAACAUAGGUGACCAACUAACUUAUAUAUCGUGUGGGCAUAUUGUUGUAGAGUUAAUUAAAUUUAUAGCAUACCAAAGGCUUCAGAUACCCUACACUUACCAGUGGUUGAAACAAGUGGUAAACAAGAGAAAGUCGUGUGAAGAUAUAAGGGAGAGUCACCAGUCAGAAAGACAUUAUUUUGUAGCAUCCACAGCACUAAGUAAUCUGGACUUUAUUAUAAAGAGCCUAUUGAAAGAAAUUGACAGUGCCUCAAUUCCUGAUGAGAUUUGCAUUAUUCUGGGUGCAACUCCAAUCACAUGUAAAGAAGUAUAUAGGCUGUUACUGCCUAGAUUGUGCCACAAACAACAGUGCCAUUCUACUCAUAUUGCAACAGAUCAGAAAAUACAAAUGAAUGUGUUUAAAACAUUGGUGACUUCCGAGAAACUAAGCCAGAUAUUUUUUAAUGGUCUAUCCCCCACUAACAUGUACAUUCUUAUUAAGAAAAACAUGUUAAACAACCAGGAUGUCGUCUGUUCCAACAUCUUUGAGUCAAUAGAUGGGUACAAAAUACCGCGAAGCUGUAAGGUUGUUAGUCUAGACUUUAGGACUCAAAAUCUUUCUAAUGUUUCUUGUUGCAACAACUUCCAAGUUUUUGGGGAUGCUAUCACCAAAAGUAUGGGUGAAAUCAAUUUUGAAGAAGAAGCAGAAUUUGCUGAAAUUGUGUCAACUGAUGAUGUAAGAUGGUUUCAAUCAAGUUAUGUUAUGAAAGGAUUUAAAGACUGUGUAGUAAAUGGAAGCUCGGUUACUAAUACCUGGCUACAGCUUUCUUGAUAAAAAUCACUUGUUAAAUAAAAUAAAAGUUAGCAAAUUGUUAGGAUGUACUUAAAUAACACACAUUUUUGUGACCUUAUUAGUUUAAUGCUCAAUUAAUUGACUGAUAUGUAUCAAUGUGCAUCAUUGAUUCAUAUAAUUUAUUUAAUUAUAUUGUUAUCAUGGUUUUUGCUAACUCAGCAAUAAUAUAAAAUCUUGUUUACAUAAUUCAUUUAAGUUUAAAAUGUUAGACUAAGCUUAACAAGUGUCAUACAACUAGUAAUAGUUAAUUGUAUAAGAUGAAAUAUAUGAUAAUAUUUUUACAAAAUUGUGUUUGGCUUAAAAAUUAAAAUACUUUAAAACAAUCUCAUCAGAAUUUUGCAAAAUCCAUUCUUAGUGGCAGUCAUGUUAUAAAAUAGAAAUUUGAAUAUAUGCAGAUUUCUAGAUCAAGCAGUAUGACCUACUCAUAGGACAGUUUCUUCUUAU